CGCGGGACCCCUCCCGCUGCUCCGAGCGGCCGCGGGGCGCGCUUGGAGCGGCCCCGGCCCCGGCCCCGGCCCCGGCCGCCAUGGACCUGCACAUCCUGGAGCACCGGGUGCGGGUGCUGAGCCUGGCGCGCCGCGGGCUCUGGCUCUACACCCACCCGCUGCUCAAGCUGCUUUUCCUGCCCCAGCGCUGCAGGUGCAAGUUCUUCAGCCUGACGGAGACCCCUGAGGACUACACCAUCAUGCUGGACGAGGAGGGCUUCAAAGAGCUGCCGCCCUCUGAGUUCAUGCAGGUGGCGGACUCGACGUGGCUGGUGCUCAGUGUUGUCUCCAACGGCCGGGCGCCCUCCGGCUGCCAGGCCACCGGCGUCACCAAGAUUGCCCGGUCGGUCAUCGCGCCGCUGGCCGAGCACCACGUCUCGGUGCUGAUGCUCUCCACCUACCAGACCGACUUCGUCCUGGUGCGGGAGAGGGACCUGCCUGUGGUCAUUCACACGCUGGCUGGGGAGUUCGACAUCUACAAGGAAGAGAAUGGCGAGUCCAUCCCCGUCACCUGUGAUGAUACCAGCAACGGCUUCCUCAAGCCCAAGGCGGCCACCAGCCCCACGCUGCACCCCGUGCAGAGCCCCCAGAACCGCUUCUGCAUCCUGACCGUGGCACCCGACACGCUGCCUGCCAUUGCCACCAUGCUCAUCGAUGUCCUCUUCUACUCCCACAGCCCCCCCAAGGAGCCCAGUGCUGGUGGCCAGGACCUUGACUCCAUCACCUUCUUCGCCUUCUCGCUCAUCGAGGGCUACAUCUCCAUCGUGAUGGAUGCGGAGACCCAGAAGCGGUUCCCCAGUGACCUGCUGCUGACCAGCUCCAGCGGGGAGCUGUGGCGGAUGGUGAGGAUCGGCGGGCAGCCCCUGGGCUUCGAUGAGUGCGGCAUCGUGGCGCAGAUCGCUGAGCCGCUGGCUGCUGUCGACAUCUCGGCAUACUACAUCAGCACCUUCAACUUCGACCAUGCCUUGGUCCCUGAGGAGGGCAUCAUCGAGGUCAUCCAGCUGCUGCAGAAGCGCCAGGAGAGUGGCAGAUAGCGGCCAGCUGUCCCCGUGUCAGCUGUCCCCAUGCCGUCCAGUGGCCCCUGGGGACCAGCGCGGUGUCCCCACAGGCUCCUCCUGCCCAGGGCUGUCCCCAGCCCUGUCGCUGUUUUUCAUUUCUAAGCCUUUCCCCCCCCGGUGCUGGGCAGAGCCCGGGGGGCGCAGCAUCGCUCCCUGCAUGCCGGGGACGCGGGGGGGACGCGGUGGCACUGCUGUGACAGUAUUACGUCCACGCCGCUGUGAAUCCCCGCGGGAGAGGCCAAAGGGCAGCGCCGUGCCCUCCUCUGCCUCAGGUCCCUUCCUGGCUUUCUUAGGGUGGGGGGAGUGGCAGAUUUGGGGAAUUUGAGUGGUGGUGAGGAGAGGAGGUGUGGGGGGGGUGCGUGCCCCAGAGCGGUGAUGUGCCACAGCCCUGCUGGAGGUGACAGCGUGGGGCUGGCAGGACGCGGGACCCUGGGUGUCUGUGCGGGGUGGUGGCUGUGAUGCUCUGCACCUUUUCUGGGGGGUUCUGGACCCGUCCCGCUCAGGGGAUCUCCCCAAACCCUCCAGUGCUGAGAGCGGGGGCUGCGGGAGGUGGCCAGGGCAGCAUUUCAGCCCUGUAUCUCCUCUGGGGUGGCCCCGACCCCUGCCAGGCCAUCGUGUAUUGGCGGGUCGGGACAGACACCCCAGCUCCUUCCAAGCUGUAUUUUUACACACUUUUAAAUGUCAAUAAAAGUCCUAUUUUUUGUUGGUU